ACAGAUACGGGAUAUCCAAUAGGAAAAAAAGAAGGUAUAAAGUCAGCUGAGCUCAGUUUCUUAAAAAGCUUAACAGACAACAUUAACAAUGUCCUUGAAUUUUGUCAACAAACCGCGACCAAGCAGGAGGAGCCAAGUGUAGCACAAUGUCACCAAUUACACACGAAGAUGAUGGAGAAGAACAAGCCCUAAUCCAUCACUAUCACAAUCACGUGCUCUCUCCCUCCCUCCCUCUCUCUCUUUCUCUCUCUCCACACACACACACACACAAUACAAACAAAGAAAUUCAGGCGUCGCUUAUGUCACCGUCAUUCACUGCGCCGUUGCCAACAAUUUCAGUCGUUUUAAGAGUUUUCCCUGGACUUUUUACUUGGUAAAUAGAUGUAUCAAGGUAAUCCUGAUCGUGAGCAACAUAAUGCGGAGAAACCACCUCCCUCUUCUGCAGGUGGGGCCCAGGAGACAAUCAUUGUGGUUGGACAAGAGGGACAAGUUAAACAACCUCAAUUAGAAAGGAGAAAAGGGAAGUUGGCCUCAAAGUUCCCUUUGGUGAAUAUUUCCAGAAAUCUACUAUUGGCGUACCAGAGUCUUGGGGUGGUGUAUGGAGAUUUGAGCAUUUCGCCACUUUAUGUCUAUAGGAGUAUAUUUGCAGGGAAGUUGCAGGAUUAUCAGACUCAAGAAGCAAUAUUUGGUGCAUUUUCAUUGAUAUUCUGGACAAUAACUCUCAUUCCUUUGCUCAAAUAUGUAUUUGUGGUAUUGAGCGCUGAUGAUAAUGGUGAAGGUGGUACAUUUGCUCUUUACUCUCUGCUCUGUAGACAUGCAAAAUUCAGUCUACUUCCCAACCAACAAGCAGCUGACGAGGAGCUAUCUGCUUACAAAUAUGGCUUCGCUGGGCAGUCGACAUCGUCUUUAGCGUUAAAGAGAUUUCUUGAGAAACACAAGAAAUCACGUACAAUUUUACUCAUUGUUGUAUUAGUGGGGGCUUGCAUGGUUAUUGGUGACGGUAUUCUUACACCUGCAAUGUCAGUUAUAUCAUCCAUGUCAGGAAUCAAGGCUGCAGCGGAACACCUAUCUCACGGUGAAGUGCUGUUGCUUUCUUGCCUGAUAUUGGUUGGUCUGUUUGCUCUACAGCAUUCUGGGACCCAUAGGGUCGGCUUUUUGUUUGCACCUAUAGUUAUCAUUUGGUUGAUAUCAAUAUUUGGGAUUGGGCUCUACAACAUUAUAUUUUGGAAUCCCAAGAUUGUGUCUGGUCUUUCUCCCUACUAUAUCAUCAAGUUUUUUAGGGAAACAAGAAAACAUGGUUGGAUGUCUCUUGGAGGUGUCCUCCUUUCUGUUGCAGCAGGUACCGAAGCUAUGUUUGCAGAUCUUGGCCAUUUCACUGCGUGCUCAAUGAGGAUUGCCUUUUCAUUUCUUGUGUACCCUUGCUUGGUGGUACAGUAUAUGGGUCAAGCCGCUUUUCUUUCCAAAAAUAUUGCUUCUAUCCCGAAUAGCUUCUAUAAUUCAAUACCUGAUAGUGUAUAUUGGCCUGUUUUUGUCAUUGCUACCCUUGCAAGCAUUGUCGGUAGCCAGUCCAUCAUCACAGCUACAUUCUCUAUAGUCAAGCAAUUGAAUGCACUAGGUUGCUUCCCACGAGUCAAGAUUGUCCACACCUCAAGGAAUGUUAAGGGGCAGAUCUAUAUACCAGAAAUAAAUUGGAUCCUUAUGAUUCUUACGCUUUCCGUGGCUGUUGGUUUCCAGGACACAAUUUUAAUUGGAAAUGCAUAUGGCCUAGCUUGCAUGACAGGUAUGUUUAUCACAACAUUUCUAAUCACGUUGGUCAUGAUCUUUGUGUGGCAAAGAAACAUAGCACUUGCCACUUGCUUUCUCCUGUUCUUCUGGUUCAUUGAAGGUGUAUACCUGUCUUCCGCGUUCACCAAAAUUCCACAGGGAGGAUGGGUCUCCCUAGUGCUUGCCUUUGUCUUCUUGUUUGUCAUGUUUGUCUGGCACUAUGGAACUCGCAAGAAGUACAAUUUUGAUCUACACAACAAAGUUCCAUUAAAAUGGCUCCUUGGCAUGGGCCCUAGUCUUGGUAUUGUCCGUGUCCCCGGGAUAGGCCUCGUAUACUCAGAAUUAGCAACAGGGGUCCCAUCUAUCUUCUCUCACUUUGUCACAAAUCUCCCCGCAUUCCACAGUGUGCUGGUGUUUUUAUGCGUCAAAUCUGUUCCCGUACCCUAUGUCUCACCGGAGGAGCGCUUCCUCAUUGGUCGCAUUUGUCCAAGACCCUAUCGCAUGUAUCGUUGCAUUGUUAGGUAUGGUUACAAGGACAUACAGCGAGAUGAUGGGGACUUUGAGGACCUUCUCAUCCAAAGUAUAGCAGAGUUUAUCCAAAUGGAAGCUGUGGAACCACAGUGUUCAAGCUCUGAGACUCCAUCAUUUGAUGGGAGGAUGGCAGUUAUAAGCAAGAAAACUGUACAGUCAACUUCAACAUUAAUUGUCUCAGAGGAUUUUGGAAUGAGUGACUCCAUUCAAAGCAGCAAGUCUCUGACCCUCCAAAGUCUAAGAUCUGCUUAUGCUGAUGAGAACCUGCAAAUGAGGAGGCGGCGAGUGAGGUUUCAAUUGCCAGAAAACCCUGGCAUGGAUCCAGCAGUCAGGGAUGAGCUUCAAGAUUUAAUUCAAGCAAAGGAGGCAGGGGUUGCAUAUAUAAUGGGGCACUCCUAUGUGAAAGCUAGGAGAUCAUCCUCUUUCUUGAAGAAGUUUGUUGUUGACAUUGGGUAUUCAUUUCUGCGCAAGAACUGUAGGGGUCCUUCCGUGGUGCUUAACAUUCCUCAGAUUAGUCUUAUUGAAGUUGGCAUGAUAUACCAUGUCUAGAGGGAGGAUGACCUUGGCGUGCCUUUUGGCUGUUACCUGCAGAAUGUUUAGGCUUAGUAGAUGGUUGGUCGUCUUAUAACUUCAAAUGUGAUCUCCCAUAGUAAAUGUUGAGGAGAUGAUGUUGGUAACCUUCUGACUUAAAAUGUGAUAUCCAACAUCAGAUGUUGAGGAGCUGUUUUAGUUUUUCAUGUUACCUUCUAUAGUUUCUGCAUAUAUAGAGAUAAUUUUAUCUUAGCAUACUGGGAAUAGAUAGGCAUGCAAAUGUGCUUUUUAAGAGCAUUCUACAUCAAGUGACAAACCUCAAAGUUCAAUUAAGGAGAAAGGUACUGUUGAGUUAA